GCCUGUCAGCAUGUCCUCCAUCACCAGUAUCUCCAAGGGAUGCUAAUGCAACUAGACCUGCCACAAGCACAAAGAGAAGCCGCAGGAUCUACAGUGACUAAAUGGCAAGCAAAUGGACUGUUUGAAGCACUGGGUUUGAUCGUCUAAGAGGAGGGACUCUGCUGAGGAUAACCCACAGGGAAUCUGUUGGGUAUCUCUGUAAUCUCAGGCUCUUCCCUGAUAUGGAACAAAGUGCAGGUGAACAGGAAUCCCAGCCAGAGAGUCAUGUGGAUAGCAAGAGCAGCGUGAAAUCCUUGCCUGGGGGAGCGGCCCAUGUCAAACUGGAAAUAAAAAAACAUGCAGUUACUGAUGACUACAAACUCUCCAAACGGGUGCUAGGGUUAGGAAUCAAUGGCAAAGUACUGGAGUGUUUCAACAAGGAGACAGGCCAGAAAUGUGCUUUGAAGCUCCUGUAUGACAAUCCAAAAGCCCGUCAGGAAGUAGAGUAUCAUUGGAGAGCAUCAGGUUGUCCCCACAUUGUCCAUGUCCUGGAUGUUUACGAGAAUAUACAUCAUGGAAAGAGAUGCCUCCUCAUUGUGAUGGAAUGCAUGGAGGGAGGAGAGCUGUUUAGCAGGAUCCAGGAGAGAGGAGAUCAAGCUUUCACUGAGAGAGAGGCCUCUGAAAUAAUGAGAGACAUCGGAACAGCCAUCCAGUAUCUGCAUUCAAUGAACAUUGCCCAUAGAGAUGUCAAGCCUGAAAACUUGCUUUACACAUCUAAAGAGAAGGAUGCUGUACUCAAACUCACAGACUUCGGCUUUGCCAAAGAAACCACUGUACAAAACGCACUGCAGACCCCCUGUUACACUCCUUAUUAUGUGGCCCCAGAAGUCCUUGGUCCUGAGAAGUAUGACAAAUCAUGUGACAUGUGGUCAUUGGGUGUCAUUACAUAUAUUCUCCUGUGUGGGUUCCCUCCAUUCUACUCAAACACUGGUCAAGCCAUUUCUCCAGGGAUGAAGAGACGAAUUCGGAUGGGGCAAUAUGGGUUUCCCAAUCCAGAGUGGGCUGAAGUAUCAGAGGAAGCCAAACAGCUGAUUCGCCAUUUACUGAAGACUGACCCAACAGAGAGGAUGACGGUUUCUCAGUUUAUGAAUCAUCCUUGGAUUAAUAGAUCAAUGGCAGUGCCACCAACUCCUCUUCAUACCGCACGGGUCCUGCAAGAGGAUAAAGACCACUGGGAUGAAGUUAAAGAGGAGAUGACCAGCGCUUUGGCUACCAUGAGGGUGGACUAUGAUCAGGUGAAAAUCAAAGACUUGAAAACAUCCAACAACCGCCUCCUGAACAAACGCCGAAAGAAGCAGAAGCAGGCAGGCACCUCUUCUGCAGCCCCAGGGUGCAAUAACCAAUGAGAAGAGAAGCCAAGGACCUGUGGGUAGAGGGUAGAAGUUAAAAGGAACAAUUUAAAAUCAGUACGAUCAACUCAGUCUGUACCACAAAGGCAGUGAGACUGUGAAGAAGCUAUCCUGCAAAGAGGGAGCAGUGUGAAAGAUUACAUUUUGAUAACUUGAAUCAGGGCUUUGCUUUUAAAGGCUAACGUUUAUGACAUGAUUCUGUUGCAUAUUGCUAGGGAAGGUACAGUAAUACCGGAAAUGUUACGGGGUUUUGUUUUGGCUUUAACUGUAUUGGACAAGAGGAGAGAACAGGAGGCAGUCUCAGCAUACUAAUGCACUGCAGCUUUAACAGCCAUCUACAACAGUAACUUCUGGUGCCAUUUUAAACUUGGGAAUAGAAAAAUUGCUGAGUGUUCUGCUAGGAGUGUUUUAGUAGUUCAAACAUGAGUACUGAGAAAAAUGUCACUGCUCUUUAUACAUAAAGUAGCACAGGUGCAGUUCUAUUAUGGAUGCAUCUGGACAGCAUUUCAUGGUAGAAUUGGUAAUAGUCAGUAUUUCCAAACUUACCUCCUAUAGUUACAGGUAAAUCACAUAAACAAUAAACAGUUAUUCCUGUUACA